GCAGGGACUCAUCGUGUUUGAAGCUUUUCAGUUUUCACAUCUUCAAGUCUCUCUCUUUCUCAGAGAUCAGGAGCUUACCGUCAGGUAAAUGGGUUUGUGGACGCUACUAGAAGGCUUCCUGCUGCUUGCAAAUGCUCUUGCAAUACUAAAUGAGGACCGGUUCCUUGCGCCUAGGGGAUGGAGCUUCUCAGAAUUCUCUGUCGGCAGGACAAAGUCAUUGAAGGGACAGAUUAUAGGUCUCAUUUAUGCAACACAGUACCUGAGAGUUCCUCUCGUGCUACUUAAUUCCAUCUGCAUUGUUGUAAAAUUGAUAUCUGGAUGAUGCCAAUUGAGGUUUUGUGCAGAUUCAUAAACUUUCGAGGAGUCUGCCAAGUGCUACUUACAUCGCCUGUUUUUUUCUUUUUGGAAAGCUGAGCAUUAGGUUGUUAGAUAGUGUUUGCUAUUUGUGUGCUUGAAAUAGAUCUUUCACCUCAUUGUUCGAAACCUGAUUACUUUAGAUAGUAACUGUUUGGAGAUAUGUCUCUGAUGAUCAUGAUAAGUUGUCUUCUUGAUUGGUAUUAUGUGUCUGCACAAACUUAUUCAUGUAAAUGAAGACUUGGGUACACUUGCAAGGGGAGCACUUGGUGAA